UCUCUAGGCAACCGCUACUGGUCCAGCAGUGGAGCAGUCUAGCUGUGGGCCUCCAGCGUCAUGGACCUGGUCAUCACGCAGGAACUGGCCCGUGCCCGGAACCAACAAGAUGCAACUGCCCUGCGGCGAGCUUAUGAACUGAUCAAGUCAGCAAACCUGGGAAAGUCGGAGCUUGACCCCACAGAGAGCUUCAGCCCGGAGCUGUUUGUGCUGUGUGCAGAGCAGGCACUCAAGAUGAAAGAACCUGAGAUGAGUGAAGACUGCAUCCAGAUGUACUUCAAAGUGAAGGCACCAGUCACUCAGUUCCUGGGCCGAGCGCACCUGUGCAGGGCCCAGCUUUGUGCCCCACAGUCAGAGGAAAAUGUGGAGGACUUUGAAAAUUGUGUGACGCAGUACAUGAAGGCUAUCAACUUUGCAAAAGGAGAACGGAGGUAUUACUUUUUGGUGUUCAAUGCUUCUGUUCUCUACUGGCGCAUGGUGCGGCCAUUCCUCAAGCCUGGAUAUCACCACUACGUGAUUCCCAGCCUCUCCCAAAUUGUCAACGUGUUAAAUCAGACAGAAGAAGAGGACAAGGAGUGGAGGGCAGAGUUGAUGAUAGAACUUCUAGAAUGUUACCUGCAAGCUGGAAGAAAGGAGGAUGCUACCAGGUUCUGCAUGACGGCAGCGCCCUUCGUCAAAACCCAAGUGCCGCACAAGUACCGGCAGAUGUUCUCAACCAUGGUUCGUCAUGAAGUGAUGGAUGACGAAAUGUUGAGGGAAGAGAAGAAGCAUUCUGUUACCCUCUCUGUCACUUACCACAUCAAUUCGCUGAAAGCGAAACUGGAUAAAAACGAUUUGCCAGAAAAUUUGGAGCAAAUUCUGAAGAAACUGUAUAAGAAUUUAACUCAGUACCAUCAUCAACAGUCCCCUCACAUCCAAGAGGAAAAAAUCCUUUUGCUUUUUGAAUUGGGCCGCCUGUGUCUGACCUUGAAAAACGAGAAAAUAGCCAGUGACUGCCUUAUAUACCUGAAGAAAAUGGAAAACGAAGAUCCCAGCAAGCUGCUAGAAAUUGAAGGUCUGGAGUGUGAAUUAGAUGCUCUGAGACUGGAAAGCAAGCUCAAACUGUACCUUCGAGGAGCCGUCGAGGAGCAGCUGAUUAUCAUAAAGAGACUGGACAACAUACUGCAGCGGGCCAUUCGUCUGGGUAAUCCCACGACCAUCCACGUGCUGUGCACCGCACAGUGGAACAUCUGCCUACCCCUGCUGCAGCACAACCUGAGGCACCACCUCCGGAAGCCGCUGACCAACAUCGCCGAGAUUCUAGAGAAAGUUGAUAGUCUCAUGAUCCUGAUGCGCUGCCAAGUCCACAUGGAGAUGGCAUACAUUGAGCAGGAUGACGACCGGGUGGAGCCUGCCAUUGAGCACAUGCAGAAGGCCAUGCGCCUGGACAGCCUAGGCCGCUACACGGACAAGAUCAAGAUAACCUUCCGCCGGCUGCAGCUGAGUACCCUGCUGUACCAGUCUCCCGACCGUCCCGAAGACAAGGCCACUAUGGCCAUUGAACAGGCAAAGAAAGCCACCCUGAAAGACAGUGCUCGGAAAAAGCGUGCAAUCCUGGUGAACGCAGGCCUGGCUCUUGCCCCCGACACCUUCCAGAUUGUGCUGGACAGCGAGAAUGAAGCCAAGGUUUCCAUCGGAAAAAUCAAGGGCCGCUUCACCUACCUCUAUGCAAAAGCUCGACAUCACACCCUCUGCGUGGACAAAGCGGCUGGGCACCUGCGGCGGCUGGGAUUUGAGAAUGACAAAGAGAGAAUUGUGAUUUGGGCUGAGCUGGCCAAGGUUGCCUGGCAGCAAGACGUGUGGGAUGUCUGUCGCACGGCAACCCGCUUCUGCCUCCUGUAUGACAAUGCCAAGUCAAAGAAGUCCACAAAGCCAAAACGAGGGAAGAAGAAAAAAGGCAUGGAGGGCUCCGAGACUGAGGGUCCCUCUGAGGUGAUCCUAAAUAAGCAGAUGUCCCCUGACCUGCUGAGGAAGAUCGCAGAGGUGGCGUUCAUCAGCGCUGAGGCCACCGUCCACUUCCUGCGCUUGGAAGGUAUACAGCUGAACAACCAGGCCAUUCCUCCUGAGGACUUGAGCCAACACCCAGCUGGCUAUGUGCCUGAGCCACCAGAGAGUAAUUCAGAGUGGAUCACAUACAGGACUUGGAUAGAAAGUUUGUCACAGUAUGCCAUGAACAACUGGCUGCGCGCUGCAGAACUUGGGCAGGAGUUAGGGGAAUCCUGGAUUGUGCAGAACGCCGUGGUCUAUGUUUUGAACCACAACCGGCAUCUCAUCUUGGCCGGGAGGCAGAAAGAGCUGGUGGACUCCCUGUUCCACCUCCUGAACAUCGUCAAGGUCACUGGAUACACAGGGGACUCAGUCAUGCUGGUCAUGCUCUGUAAUGCCCUUGCUCGAGGCCUGAUCAUCAGCUGGAUUCCCACCCAGACACCUGAAAAGUCGAAAAGGAUUGUACGCCCUAUCUUGGUUCACGGUCCACUGGACUCUUCCGCUUUAUCCGAGAUCAGAUCGGCUGUGGAGGUCUGUGAAUUCGCACUGAGCCUCACGAAUGGGAACAUGCCGGAAGACAUCGUCCCCACCAACGUACGGCAGCACCUCAUCUCCACCUGGGUGAAGGCCAAGCAGCUCCUGCAGCAGCAGAUUGGUCAGCGGCUAGCCAUCGAUGAAUGGCAGGGUACCAAUGAAGACAUCAACUCGGUGACCAGAGUCCUAGUUGCCCUUGAGAUGUACUCGUGCAACGGGUUGGGCCUCAUGGACUUCACUGUGCCCCCCCUAGGUCAGGUGGUGAAAAUGGCCUCCGAGUGCAAUUGGUCAGACCAUCUGGUAGAGCUGCAGACCCUGACACGCCUCACCCACUUCGCCUAUAUGGCCCAUGACCAUGAGGUCACCAUUUCGUGUUCUCAGAAUGCCAUACAGAUGGGCCUCAAGCACCUGAGGCUAUUUGAACCGAUCAACGCCAUGCUUGCAGCAGAAAUGCUGUGCAUGGUGUCCUGCAUCAAGGGCCGUAGCAUCAUGGAAAACUUGAAAGGCAGGAAGCAGCUACGGCUAGCAGCAGCCAAGGCCUUUGUGGAAAGUGCCAGGUUUGGGGGCCUGGCAAACAGCAGCUCCCUGGUGAUGAUGGCCGCUCGGCACUACUGGAACGCAUGGCUCCCACUUCUGUCCUCACGGGCCAACAGAAAGAAGGCCAAGGGCUCCCUCCAGAGAAUCAUCAGCAUCAUCAACAAGACGGAGCACAAGAAGCAGGACACAGAGAAAACACUGCCUCUGCACCAAUGGCCAACAGCUGACUUCCAGACUGGAGGGACAGGUCCUGAAGUCCAGUUCCUCCCAGGGGCUGAGGAUGACCUCACACUCCGUGCCGCGCUCUACACCCUGCUCUUCAACAGCCAUGCUGACAAGAAUGACUGGGAGAUGGGCCUUAAGGUGCUGGAUGAGGCCGUGCAAGUGCUGCCAAGGACAGCCCACCGCCUCUUGAUUUUCAAACAUAUGGUCAUCGUGAAGGCCAAACUUGGGCAGAACUUCACCAUGGAAAUCCAGAAGUUCAAGGAUGAGAGGGAAGACUACUUGGCACACAUGUGGUACCGCCUGGCCCAGAACUCGAGAAAUGUCUGUGGAGUGUUAACCUGCUAUCAAAAUGCUAUCCAGGCACUGCAGAAACCAGAGAACAACUGGCAGAAGGUAGACUACAUCGUGGAGUUCAGCGAGUGGAUGUAUUAUAAGCAGUUCCCUCUGGAAGAUGUGUUUGACCACCUGGAGUGGGCAAUCGAGAUUCUACUAUGCAUGAAAGCCACGGAAGACACCCUUGAGUCAGACCCCAAGAAGGAAGGGCAGGCCUCCCUUGCCCAGUCUCCCACAGACAGCGAAAUGCCUUCAAAUCUGGAGACAGUCCUCUUGAACCACUUUCGAAGUGUGCGGCAGCUGGAGUCCCUGGCCCGCGUGCACGUCCUGAGGGCUUUGAUGGCGUCCCCGAGCACCUCUUCCCAUGAUGAUGACUGUUUGGUGGCCUAUGGCCUCUUCAAACACAUCUUGCAGAUUUCCUUGACAGAAGGAACAAAACAAGUUGCAGAAAAGUAUUUACAACUAGCUACUUCACAGUUGUUAUUGGCCAAAAAGGAGAAAGAGAAGGAGAAGGAAAAAGAGAAGGAGAAGGAGAAGGAAAAGGAGAAGGUCAAGGACACGAAGCAGAUUUCAACCCCAGCUUCCAACAAGCCACCUGAUGAUAUCCCCAUCAGCAUAGGAGAGUGGGCCUCCUACUCCUGCUCUGAGGAUCUGCUGAGUGUGUUCAAGCAGGACAAGAGUGACUACACUAUUAACUCGACGAGCUUCCAGAAGCCCACGCACACUUUGUACUACAUAGACCAUUUGGCCAAAGCCCUGCAGAAGAUGUACCUUCACGAGCUCAGCAUUCCGAUCCUGCAGCUGGGCGUGCUCGUUGCAGAGGUUGUGGUGGAGAGCAAGAGCCUUGCGGAUCUCUAUCACCUGCGACUUUUUCAGGUGUGCUCUGACCUGAGGUUGCACUACGCAGCGACUCAUCAUGAAGAGGUGGUUGGACAGGCUUACUUCGGGGACAUGGAGCAGGCCAGCUGCAGAAAAGAGAUUGCAUUUAAAAAAGAGAAGAACAAGGAACCCAUGGUAGAAGAUAGCCUGCCAGCCUUGCAUGAGCAACUGGCUCCAGCCCAGUCUGCAGAGGUGAAGCCACUGAUCUGGCAAGACAAGAUUUUGAAGAUAAAUGAAGAGACUGGCAAAGGCCUGGAUGGGACAUCCUACCCCCAGCUGUGGAUACUCAAAGGUGAGGUCCUGCUAGACUUGGAGCUGCACCAGCCAGCCCGGCUGCUCCUGUCUGAGGCCCAAUACGCUUUCCAGGAGCUAGGUGAUACCUGUGCAGAAGCACAGUGCCUGCUGCUUCUAGCAGAGCUGGCCAACAAGGAGAAGAACCAUGGGCAGGCCAUGCUCUUGAUUGAGAGGGCCCAGCAGCUGGGCGGAGCCGAGGAGUUCUGGUACAAUUUAACCCUGACACUGGCUGAAGCGAUCUUAGCCUCCGAAGAUGAGGGAAAAGAAAUUUCAGUUUGCGGCCUAUUUCAGAAACUCAUAGAGACUUUCAGGACCCUCCAGAGCGAAAGGCCGAACAGAGUCUCCAUACUGGAAUUCUUCAUCAUGGAGCUAGAGGCCAGAUGUGUGAAACUUCAAAGUCGAUUUGCCUGCAACACGAUUGGCAAAGAACUUAAGAAGUACCCACUUCUGCUGAAAGAACUAGAAGAUCACUUGUUGGAAGUUGAACAAAACUUUGUCUCUGGUGGCUACCACAAAAAUUAUGUUGACUUAAAGCUAGAACAUGCAAGGAUAAAGAGGUUAUGUGCUCAAAAUGAAAAAGACGAGGAACAAAAGACUGCCUACUAUCUGGAGAUGUACUCAUUGUCCCAGAAAGCUAUAUCAGAAGAAGAGGAGCUGUUUCACAGAGUCCAGGGGAUGCUGUCCCUUCAAGAUUUACAGAACAUCAACUCCCCGCUGAUGAGGAGGCUGGCCCGCCUCAAGCUCAGCCUGGUAGAAACGUGCCUGGAGUUGCUGCAGAUCGUGUGCAAGGAGACUCUGGAGCUGCAGAUGGAGCAGAACUCCUUUGAGAAGCUCCUUGCAGACUUCCUUCAGAACACCAGUGACUACUCAUCCAUCGGCUUGCAAUGGUUCUUCCUGAAGCGGACCCUGCCUCACCUGGUGCUAGCACAGCUGGAGAGUCUGCAUCCACUCUGUGUGGGCUGCAUGGACAUCCGUGCCCAGCUGCUGAUCCUGGCUGGGAAGGCGCUCCACGUGCUGUCCGUGCAGACAGAUCCUGUGUACCCUUCCUUCUGCUGGGAGGAGGAACUCUUGGUAGGUGCUAAGCAGAACAGCCCGAAAUCGCUGGAAGUGGACACAGAGGACAAGAAUGUAGAGACCUCCUCCAGGAACUCAAUGGUCUUCAAGGAAGCCCCCAAGGAGCAAAACCGGAAGGCUGAGGGUCUGAGGAAGAGCGUGAUGCUGGCCCAGAGGUUCCUGGCUCAGACAUCGGAGGUAUUGCUACAAUGUAUACAGACUGCCCUGAGCAGCAACCUUCUGGACAUCGUGGCCACCGCCAGCAUAGAGAUGGUGGAAUGCAUUGGUGUCCUGGAUCCCAUAACCACCUGCCAUUUCCUAACACUGUCGCAGAGCUGUUCAACCUCAGAGAUGGCACGGAAGAUUCUGCUCACGGCCACGAGCAACACCAGUAGCUCACAGCUGGCCGCCCUACUGCAGCUCCACCAGCGUCUGAGGCAGCAGGACAAGAUGUCCACUAGCCUGUUUGCCAGCAUAGAGCAGAAACUGACCACCACUUUCAGGGCAUGGCAGAGCCUCUGUGUCACAGAUCAGCAUUUCAACAUCCUGAAUGAGAUCCCACCCAUGUUCCAGAUCCUCUUUCUGCAGCAUUCACAAGACAGGUCAUAUCUGUAUGGUGCUGCCUUUGAGAGACCAAGGACUAUGCCUACACUCAAGGGGAAACCAGUAGUAGUGGGAGGUCAUUGCAAGGUGACUCGGGUGGCCACAAGUCCAACUGCCAUCUCUGACCUGUUGACCAAAGUCCAGUUGUUCCGGAGGCAUGCACAGGUCCAGCAAAACCUCAGCAUUCAGAGCCUCAGCACCAUCCUGGAGCACACGGAGGAAUAUCUGAAGCCCAUCACCCCCCUGUUCACCUUCCCAGACACCAGAAAUCAGAUGCCAACAGCCGUGAGUGAUGCAGGGAAAAAUAAAGGCAAGGAUAAGGAAAAGAAAGCAUCUCUCCCUUCAGGGCAGCCUGACCCUGAGUACAUGAUCCUGAUCGUGGACAAGCUCCUCUUAGACUUGCCCCUGGAGGGGCUCUCUGCGUUCAACGAGGUCACCUCCCUGUCACGAGAUUUCUCUCUCCAGAUGCUGUGGAACCGUCUCCAUAAGGAGGAAAAGGAAGGCAUUGUAAAGAAAGAGAUCAAGAGCAAGGAAAUCAAGAAGAAAACCCCAGGAAAAAAGGGCAAGAACGCCUUGGUCCGGAUCAUCCCACCGGAAUGCACCCUGAUUGACUCAGACACCAUCAAGUUUGUUGUGGACCCUUUUGAGGAGGCCCAGGGCCCAGAGUUACUGAGACCUGUUACAGUAACCCAGGAAAUCUUGGAAAAGUACCAAGAUCUGUUUACCGCACGUUGGAUGGGGCACCUGGGAAGCUACCAGUUUCCAAGCCAGGCUGACUGGGAGCAGGUACUGAGCAGCUGCAGAGGCUUUUUCUUCUACGGGAUGGAGAACUUCCUGUCCCAUUUGGAAGUAGAAAGACUGGUAGCCAUGGAUUUGCAAGAAUGCCAGAUGAUGGUCCUGCUGGACUUGACAAGGUCCUUUAAGAGCCGGAAGCGGAAGAUAGAGAGCGCAGAGAACCAGAGUGCAUCACAGAGGUCCUUGGAGAGGCCCAUUGAGACUGCCAUCCUCCUGAGUCUGACAGGGAUUGAGAGCAUUGUCGGCAACCAAUGGCCCACACCACUGAAGGACAACAUGCUGAGGGCCACCCUCCUGUGGGAAAACUUGUUACCAAUUGGCAAGCCACUUGGGAAAACAGUUCGUCUCAUUCAUAGGCUACGCAAUGAACCAGACAACCAAGAUAAGGACCCCCAGGUCUCCAAGGAAGAGCUGUUACCUGGGUUGCAGCCUCACCACUUUGAGCCACUUGCUACUGCCCACAACUGGGUUCUGUAUGGUCUGCCUCACCAAGCCAUCGUGUGAGCUAGACCCUGGCGUCUUUGUGGAGCCACUGUCCCUAGCUCUACCCCUCCGUGACUCCUCCCCACUCAGGACUCUUUCCCCACUCUCUGGGGCUCACCCCAGGCCUUGACACAGCCUGAUAUCUGUCCUUCUGUCCACAAUGCACAAUCCCCAGAAGACAGCUGCUGCUGGGUACAGCACCCAGGCUCUUGCUAAUUCUUGUUAUCCUGCAAGUUUGUUUUCCAUUUCAGUAUUUUAGUAAACAACAA